AGGCCGGGGCCUGACUAUGGGAUGGGGCCGGGCUAAGAGACUUGCAAUGAAAUGCAAUGCAGUGGCAGGGAAGGAGAUCACAACAGCCAGACGUGCACCUGGAAAGAGAGGAAGGGGAGGCGCCCCCCCACCCCCCGCAAAGAGGAAACUGACUAGAGGGGGAAAAAUCUUUUUGAGUCUGUAAACGCGUCCUUGCCAAAUAUAUCUAUAUAUUCGGCGGGGGGGCUUUUUAAACCAAGCCAAUUUUACUUUUGCAUCGCAUUACGGAACCGGUCCCUUUUAAAAAAGUUUUUUGGGGAGGGGAGAGGGGGCUCGUGGCUACUUCGAGCUCUGCCUUAAGCUUUGCAGCAGGCGACGCUGGACAAAGGCAGAGGGGUGGGUGCUGAAUCAAGAGCCGGGGCUGGGGGUGGGGGUGCGGAGAUCAUUGUGGGCCAGGCUCCUUCCCCCCAGCCAUUCCCAUGAACUAGCCUCCCCCCCCGCAUCCUCCCCAUGCCCUGCAGCCGGUGAAGGAACCAAGAUGGGGGUUCUGCACCAACUCUACCUCUUGCUGUGGAAGAAUGUGACCCUCAAGCGACGGAGUCCGUGGGUGCUGUCCUUCGAGAUCUUCAUACCUUUGGUCCUCUUCUUCAUUUUGUUGGGGCUGCGGCAGAAGAAACCCACCAUCCCUGUGAAGGAAGUCUCUUACUACACAGCGGCUCCACUCACCUCAGCUGGAAUUUUGCCGGUGAUGCAAUCGUUAUGUCCUGAUGGACAGCGAGACGAGUUUGGGUUCUUGCAGUACUCCAACUCCACAGUGACUCAGCUGCUGGAGCGGUUAAAUGAGGUGGUGGAGGAGAGUAAUCUGUUUGAUCCAAAUCAUGCUGGGCUGGAAGAGGAGCUGGAGUCCUUGCGGCACCACCUCGAGUCUCUCAGCACCAAUGAGCCCAGCGCCAUGGAGACACACUUCAGCAACCAGGCAGCACCUGGCUUCACGCUGGAUUCAGUUGCCAAGGACAAACUUGAAUUCCACCAGUUUCUCAGGCGGAACCUUUCCCUGUCUAACGAGACAGCCGAGCUGCUAACGGGAUCCAACAUUAACCUUCAAGAGGUGUACCAGCUGUUCUUUGGCACCUCAGCCUCUGCAGAUGGCUUUCACGAGCCCUGGGACCGAUUUGGCACUGCUGAGAAGCUGCUUCAACUUGAGGAAAGCCUUUUGGGCAGCUUGCGGACAGUGGAAGAUGGGUUGGUGCGUCAAUCUUUUCACUAUCCCCAGAAGGGCCCCCCCAAGAAGGCCCUCUUGCACCUCCUGUCCCAUGCCUUGGGCCUCACCAACCCCCCUGCAGAGUCCUCCGCUUCCUACAGUCCUCAAGCCUUUGUGAAGGACAUGGAGAACAAUCUUUUCACGCCUUCUGUGCUGGAGAGCCUCACUUGCAGGCAGAACCAGGAUGAGCUCAAACAUAUCUUGAUGGUCCCGGAAAGCCAACGCCCCCUCCUGCGAGCAUACCGGGUUGCUAUCUGCAACAAGACUGCUAGCCUGCGUAAGGAGUACUUCAGCCAGCUAGCCACUGAGAUGAAAGAACAGCUAGAUGCUCGUAAGAUCAUCAGUCAGCUGAAACUGGAUGAGGUGAACAGCACAGCUGCUCGACGUCGCCUCCAUGCUCUGCUGGAAGACCUGAUGGAGAUGGAGAAGGUUCUGAAGGACGUGGACAUCCUCUCAGCGCUGGCCAAAUUGCUGCCCAAGGGAGCGUGCUCCACCAAGGUUCCUCCCACUGCCUUGAACAGCACUGGCUCCGGAGGGAAUUUCACCUCCAGCACGAAUUCCACAGCUGAGGAGGGUAAAAGCGAGACUGACCCGCCCAUCGAGAACCCUCAAGGGCAGUGCUCAGCGUUUGUUCAGCUGUGGGCAGGGUUGCAGCCCAUCCUUUGUGGCAACAACCGGACCAUUGAGCCAGAGGCCCUGAAGCAGGGGAACAUGAGUUCAUUGGGAUUCACCAGCAAAGAGCAGCGGAAUUUAGGGCUCCUCGUUCACCUCAUGACAAGCAAUCCCAAGAUCCUCUAUGCUCCUGUUGGUACCGAGGUGGAUAAAGUCAUCCUAAAGGCAAAUGAGACCUUUGCCUUUGUUGGGAAUGUAACUCGCUAUGCUCAGGUCUGGCUGAACAUCUCGGCAGAGAUCCGCAGCUUCCUGGAGGAGGGAAAAUUGCAGCAGCGGAUUCACUGGUUGCAGCAGAUUGCUGCAGAUCUCAACAAACAUCCUGAAAUCCUGAACGUUUCAGACAGUGACCUGCUCCAAAGCUUCCUGGACAGCAACGUUUCAUUGCUCAACACCAGUGCUCUUGUGCAGCAGCUGGACACCAUUGAUAAUGCUGCUUGUGGCUGGAUCCAGUUCAUGUCCAAGGUCAGCGUGGAUAUUUUCAAGGGCUUCCCGGACGAGGAGAGUAUUGUCAACUACACGCUGAACCAAGCCUACCAAGACAAUGUCACCGUGUUUGCCAGUGUGAUCUUCCAAACCAACAAAGAUGGUACCCUCCCUCCCCACGUCAUGUACAAGAUCCGGCAGAAUUCUAGCUUUACAGAAAAGACCAAUGAGAUCCGCCGAGCUUACUGGAGGCCAGGCCCAAACACCGGAGGGCGCUUCUACUUCCUCUAUGGAUUUGUCUGGAUCCAGGAUAUGAUGGAGAGAGCCCUCAUCAACACCUUUGUAGGACAUGACGUGGUGGAACCUGGCAACUAUGUGCAGAUGUUUCCGUACCCAUGCUACACCCGGGAUGAUUUCCUGUUUGUCAUUGAGCACAUGAUGCCCCUCUGCAUGGUCAUUUCGUGGGUCUAUUCAGUGGCGAUGAUGAUCCAGCACAUUGUGGCAGAGAAGGAGCACCGCUUGAAAGAGGUGAUGAAAAUGAUGGGGCUCAACAAUGCAGUUCACUGGGUAGCCUGGUUCAUCACGGGUUUUGUCCAGCUCUCCAUUUCAGUCACGGCGCUCACCGCCAUCCUCAAGUACGGCAAGGUCCUGAUGCACAGCGACGUCUUCAUCAUUUGGCUCUUCCUUGCCAUCUAUGCGGUGGCCACCAUCAUGUUUUGCUUCCUGGUGUCUGUGCUGUACUCCAAAGCCAAGCUGGCCUCUGCCUGUGGAGGCAUCAUCUACUUCCUCAGCUAUGUCCCUUACAUGUAUGUCGCUAUCCGGGAAGAAGUGGCCCAUGACAAGAUCACAGCCUUUGAGAAGUGCAUUGCUUCCCUGAUGUCCACUACAGCCUUUGGCCUGGGAUCCAAGUACUUUGCCCUGUAUGAAGUGGCCGGCGUAGGUAUUCAGUGGCAUACCUUCAGCCAGUCACCUGUAGAGGGGGAUGACUUCAACCUUCUCCUAUCAAUGAUGAUGUUGAUUAUCGAUGCUGUAGUCUAUGGGAUACUGACGUGGUACAUCGAGGCUGUGCAUCCAGGGAUGUACGGCCUUCCCCGGCCCUGGUACUUCCCAUUCCAGAAAUCCUACUGGCUGGGGAAUGGGCGCACUGAGGCCUGGGAGUGGACUUGGCCCUGGUCACGUACCACCCGGUUGAGCGUCAUGGAAGAAGAUCAAGCUUGUGCUAUGGAGAACAGGAGGCUGGAGGAGACUCGUGGCAUUGAAGAGGAGCCAACCCACCUUCCACUGGUGGUUUGUGUGGACAAACUGACCAAAAUCUACAAGACAGACAAAAAAUUGGCCCUGAACAAACUGAGAGCCUCAGCGUAUGAGGAACCAGAAGUAGAAAGUUAUUUAUCCCAUCUCUGUAGGCAGUGGAGAGGCACUUCUCAAUGGCACACCAUGAUUCCAUCCCUAUUUGUUUUCUUCAGGUCCAUCCUGACGGGCCUCUUCCCACCGACCUCUGGCUCUGCUACCAUUUAUGGCCAUGACAUCAGGACAGAGAUGGAUGAAAUCCGCAAGAACCUGGGCAUGUGCCCUCAACACAAUGUCCUUUUUGACAAGCUGACUGUGGAGGAGCAUCUGUGGUUCUACUCACAGCUGAAGGGCAUGGUGGAAGAGGAGAUACGCAAAGAGAUGGAUAAGAUGAUCGAAGAUCUGGAACUGACCCACAAGUGCCACUCGCUGGUGCAGACGCUUUCGGGUGGGAUGAAGCGGAAGCUGUCGGUGGCCAUCGCCUUUGUUGGGGGAUCGCGGGCAGUCAUCCUGGAUGAACCCACAGCUGGCGUGGACCCUUAUGCAAGGAGGGCGAUUUGGGAUCUCAUCCUUAAAUACAAACAAGGAAGAACCAUCCUACUCUCUACACACCACAUGGAUGAGGCUGACCUCCUUGGUGACCGCAUCGCUAUCAUCUCUCAUGGGAAGCUGAAGUGCUGUGGCUCACCCCUCUUCCUGAAGAGCACUUAUGGUGAUGGAUACAAGCUCACCGUGGUCAAGAAGCAGUCUGAUUCCCGGGCUAGUGCAGACUCUGGGCAGACCCAUAGCCCCCCAUCCCACUCCUGUAUUAGCCCCUGCUCCGAAGUACGGGUCACACAAUUCAUCAAGAAAUAUGUGGCUUCCUGCCUUCUCAUCUCUGACACCAACACAGAACUGUCCUACAUUCUACCCAGCGAUGCUGUCAAGAAGGGCUGUUUUGAGAGGCUCUUUCAGCACUUGGAACACAGCUUAGAUGACCUGGACCUGACUAGUUUUGGGCUGAUGGACACCACUCUGGAGGAAGUCUUCCUUAAGGUCUCAGAGGAAGAUCAGUCGCUGGAGAACAGUGAUGUGGAUGUGAAAGAGUCCAAGAAAGACGCUUUUCUGCUGCCUAUCCCCCAGCUGGGCCCCAAACCUGAGGCUAAUGGAGAGCCACAUCCGGCUGCAGAAAUGCUUGAGAAGCCAGAGACGGACCACAGCAACCUACUGGCCUGUUCCCAGCUGGCCCAGUCUCAGACUUCGCUGUGCUCAGCUUCCUCGGCAGGCUCCGUGCGGGGCGAUGAAGGUGGGACUUAUUCGGAGUUCUAUGGGGAUUACUCUCCGUUGUUUGAUGAUACCCUCUUUAGAGACCCUGAUAAUCUUACCCCUCAAGAAUUGGAGGAGCACGCGCUGUCAGGGCAAGGGAGCUUCAAGCUGGAGGGUUCCUGGCUGAAGUUGCGCCAGUUCCAUGGGUUGAUCGUCAAGCGCUUCCACUGUGCCAAGCGCAACACCAAAGCCCUCUUCUCCCAGAUCCUUCUGCCUGCCUUCUUUGUUUGCGUGGCUAUGACAGUGGCCCUGUCUGUGCCUGAGAUAGGAGACCUGCCUCCCCUCAUCCUCUCACCAUCCCAGUAUCACAACUACACCCAGCCCAAAGGCAACUUCAUCCCGUACGCCAACGAAGAGCGGCACGAAUACCGGCUAAAAUUGUCCCCUGAUGCCAGCCCCCAACAGAUGGUUGGGACUUUUCACCUGCCCUCAGGAGUGGGUGCCACCUGCGUGCUUAAGACAGCUUUCAAUAGCACCUUAGACCAGCUGGUCCAGGCGCUGAACCUCAACAGCAAUGAAUCUAAGAUGCUGGCCGCCAAGUACUUUGACGCAAUGUGUGUGGACUCCUUCACCCAGGGCUUGCCCCUCUCCAACUUCGUGCCACCGCCUCCAUCCCCUGCACCCUCUGACUACCCUUUCUCCCUGGAUGAAGACUUGCUACGAGCCUGGAACUCCACUACCUACCCCUCCAGCAUCAAAGAGACGGUCACUUCUGCUCCAUCCCUGCCCCGUAUCAUCCAUGAGCCCGUAAAGUGUACUUGCUCCAUGCAAGGGACUGGUUUCUCUUGCCCAAGUGGGGUUGGGGGCCACCCACCACAGAUGAAAGUGGUGACGGGAGACAUCUUGGUGGACAUCACAGGGCGUAACGUCUCUGAGUACUUGCUCUAUACAUCAGACCGCUUCCGGUUGCACAGAUAUGGUGCAAUGACCUUUGGCAAUAUCCAGAAGUCCAUUCCAGCGUCCUUUGGCACCAAAGCUCCUCCCAUGGUGCGGAAAAUUGCAGUCCGGCGAACGGCCCAGGUUUACUAUAACAACAAGGGAUACCACAGCAUGCCUACCUACCUCAAUACCCUCAACAAUGCCAUCCUACGUGCCAACCUGCCCAAAAGCAGAGGGAAUCCGGCUGCCUAUGGUAUCACCCUGACCAACCACCCGAUGAACAAGACUAGUGCCAGUCUCUCUUUGGAUUACCUCCUCCAGGGCACUGACGUGGUCAUCGCCAUCUUCAUCAUCGUGGCCAUGUCCUUCGUGCCGGCUAGCUUCGUGGUCUUCUUGGUGGCAGAAAAAUCCACCAAAGCCAAACACCUCCAAUUUGUGAGCGGCUGCGACCCAGUUAUCUACUGGCUGGCCAAUUAUGUCUGGGACAUGUUGAACUACCUGGUGCCAGCUACUUGUUGCAUCAUCAUCCUCUUUGUGUUUGACCUGCCAGCGUAUACCUCUCCAACCAACUUUCCAGCUGUGCUCUCUCUCUUCCUCCUCUAUGGCUGGUCCAUUACACCCAUCAUGUACCCAGCUUCCUUCUGGUUCGAGGUGCCCAGCUCAGCUUAUGUCUUCCUGAUUGUCAUCAACUUAUUCAUCGGCAUCACUGCCACGGUGGCCACCUUCUUGCUCCAGCUCUUUGAGCAUGACAAGGACCUUAAAGUGGUGAAUAGUUACCUAAAAAGCUGCUUCCUGAUAUUUCCCAAUUAUAACCUGGGACACGGGCUGAUGGAAAUGGCCUACAAUGAGUACAUCAAUGAAUACUAUGCUAAGAUCGGACAGUUUGACAAAAUGAAGUCACCCUUUGAAUGGGACAUAGUCACACGAGGGUUGGUCGCCAUGACGAUCGAAGGCUUUGUAGGCUUUUUCAUCACUAUCAUGUGCCAGUACAAUUUCUUCCGGAAACCACAACGUCUUCCUGUGUCCACCAAGCCCAUUGAGGAUGACGUGGACGUUGCAAAUGAGCGGCAUCGUGUGUUGCGCGGAGAUGCUGACAAUGACAUGCUCAAGAUUGAGAACCUUACUAAGGUAUACAAGUCCCGCAAAAUUGGGCGCAUACUCGCUGUGGACCGCCUGUGUGUGGGCGUCAGACCAGGGGAAUGCUUUGGCCUGCUGGGUGUGAAUGGAGCUGGAAAGACAACCACCUUCAAGAUGCUGACAGGGGAUGAAAGCACAACCGGUGGGGAAGCCUUUGUCAAUGGGCACAGCAUCUUGAAGGAGCUUCUCCAGGUACAACAGAGCUUGGGCUACUGUCCACAGUUUGAUGCACUUUUUGACGAGUUGACUGCGCAAGAGCACCUGGAGCUGUUUACCCGGCUGCGUGGCAUCCCCUGGAAGGACGAGGACCGGGUGGUGAAGUGGGCACUAAAGAAGCUGGAACUAACCAAAUAUGCUAACAAACCUGCUAGCACCUACAGCGGUGGCAACAAGAGGAAGCUCUCUACAGCCAUUGCCCUCAUUGGCUACCCAGCAUUCAUUUUCCUGGAUGAGCCAACGACGGGUAUGGACCCCAAAGCCAGGCGAUUUCUGUGGAACCUCAUCUUGGACAUCAUCAAAACUGGUCGUUCAGUGGUGCUGACAUCGCACAGCAUGGAAGAAUGUGAGGCCCUCUGCACUCGUCUGGCAAUCAUGGUGAACGGGCGCCUGAAGUGUCUUGGCAGCAUCCAGCACCUGAAAAACAGGUUUGGGGAUGGAUACAUGAUCACCGUGCGGACAAAAUCCAGCUUAAACGUCAAGGAGGUGGUGCGAUUCUUCAACAGGAACUUCCCAGAGGCCAUCCUCAAGGAAAGGCAUCACACAAAGGUACAGUAUCAGCUCAAGUCGGAGCAGAUCUCCCUAGCCCAAGUGUUCAGCAAGAUGGAGCAGGUGGUGGACGUCUUGGGCAUUGAAGAUUAUUCUGUCAGCCAAACCACGCUGGACAAUGUGUUUGUGAACUUUGCCAAGAAACAGAGUGAUAAUCUGGAACAGCAGGAGACCAGCCCAGCCUGUUCAAUGGAGUCUCCGUUGCAACGCUUGCUGAAUCUCUUGCGCCCCCGGCCUGCCCCAACUGAACUGCGGGCCCUGGUGGUGGAGGAGCCUGAAGACCUGGAAACGGAUGAUGAGGGACUGAUCAGCUUUGAGGAAGAGCGGGCUCAGCUCUCCUUCAACACUGACACGCUUUGCUGAAAAAUGGAGAGGGACACGGCCCCCUUCCCAGCUUUAAACCUCAGACUCCCUCCCACCUGGCGCCCACUUUCCUUGCCCCUCGCCUGGCCCUCCUUUGAGAGGUAGCCGCCUCCUAUUUAGUGAGGUGGCAGGAGGCGAGGGAGUAUCUUGAAGCCCUGCCAGUGAGGCCUUCACAAGCAUCUGACUUCAGUCACCGUCCUGGAGGGUGCUGACGCAUCACCAGCGAGUCCCGCGAAAGAAGAGCUGGCCUGGGGCUGGCAGCUGCACUUAUGGGGAGCAGAGACGGCUGUUAGCGGCGUGAUCUCCAGCAGCAGACCCAAAGAGGAGGAACUGUGUGCCCCCACCUUUAGUGCACCUCUCUUGGUCCUUGGAAGGACCAUUGGCCUGGCUUAGGGGCAGAAGGUGCUAGCACAGGAACCUUGCAGGCACCACAGCGACGGCAGACUGACAACGCGUUCCUGACUCCGACAGUUUACUCUUGGCUGCUGUUGAAUGCUUUUUGCAAAAGGAGACGCUGCCUCUGAAACCACCCCCCGCAACCUGGGGGAUAUUCGAACCCUUUUUUAUGGUGUUGAUUUGGUUUUCUGGCUUGGCACUGCUUUCCUGGGCGGCUGUUUGCACAGUGUCCCCCAGAGCUUGGAAAGGGAAGUCGCCAGCUGACUGAUGUAACUUUGCACCCAGAGAUUUGUCUGGAUGUUUUACUCCCUAAAGGGGGACUGAUGAAUCCUCGAAAUGGAAGUAUGAGAGAGAAUGUGAAGCGUGCCCCCUAGCGAAAUGACUGUGGGGCUACAGGCUCCCUUUUUUUUCACUCUGGUACGACGUCAAGGGCCAAAAGGGAUCGGUACAACCGUCUGCUUUUUGCAGAUCUGGAAAAUUCCCUGAACCUGCUGGGCAUCUUUUUUGCUUGUGCUAAAGCAAGUGUAUUUGUGAGUGUGCGUGUGUGUGUUCUUUCCCUGUUCCUCGGUCUCUGCUCCCCUCUAUCCCAACGAAGGGUCCCUGAGCUAUUUUUUUAAACUUAACUAAUCAUGAAAUGCUGCUCUUAUUUGAAAAAAUAAACUGAACUAAUGCUUCUAGCCCUCAUGGCUGUGGAAACACCAACAAUGUAUCUGCUUUAAAGGCUUAGAGAGGAGAAGGAUUUGGAGCAAGGCUUAGCUGAGGCUGGGCUAGGUGAGUGUCCUUACCUAAUGUUUGCCAGCAUCCUGUUGCAGAACUGGAGAUUUUCAGGAGGCAUCAAGGUGAGCCCAGAACUCCCUUUGGAGCAACAUAUUACAGCAAUAAUCAAGGGCAGGUUGAAGACUGGCAGUCAGGCCUGGCUUGAGGGAGAGUCCGAGGUUGAACUGUCAUGACAUUGGGUCAACAGGAGAUGUUUGUGCCAGCAGUGAGGCUGAUCUGGCAGGAUCAGUUUCCUGAUCCUCAGAAUUUAAGGCUGGAUUUUCCAUUUCAGGGAUCAAGUCCGAGCAUCUUUCUUAGCGCUAUGGUUCUUUUUGAACAUCCAGAUGCCAGGGCUGUCUGAAGGUGCCUCCCCCCAUGAUAGGGAAGCAUGUAUGCCCCUAGUUCCCUGUAGUUCAGAAUUCUGCUAAUGGUGACUGGCCAGUUGCCACUGGGAAACUUAGUGCAAGGGCAAGAUGGGAGACAGCAGGGUACUGUGGUCAGUCUCUAACAUCUGAUAUUCAGAGGUAUGCUGCCUCUGAGCACAGAGGCCUAGUUUGAGCGGUCGUAGCAGCUAGCGUAGAAUUCCUCCUCUGUGAAUUGAUGCAGUAUUUUGCAGGCUAGCAAUACCAUGAUCCAUUGCCAUGUUUCGAGGGCGCUGAAUUCUCUUUGGUGGGGAUGGUUGAAGCUAAAGGGGAGAUCUUUUUGGCCCAGAUGGUGCUUUGGAAGGAAACCUGCCUCUCCUCCUGGGGAGAAAUGGAGCAGAUAAGUGUUUUUGUCUUUUUGGGGAGAGCAGAAGUUGAAAAGGCGUCCAGCACCAUCAGCCAUAAAUUGCACUUGUGUGAAUAUCUUUGCGUUAAAUGCAGAAAGACAGAUAAGACAUGAUCAGGUUAGUUUCUCUAACCUGCCAUAAACAUGAAAUCAGUGGACCGAUCCUUUCUUGGUUACUGGCAUCCAUAUGCAAAACAGGGAAUCAGGCGCCUUUUGAAAACAAGAGCACCAUUUGAAAUUCAUGUCACAUUGGUAGGUGUUGUGCAGUUCUCAGUUACAGUUCUCUUUGCCACUAUGUUCCAAAUGUAAAUUGCCCCUCAGGGGACUUAAGUACGGUCUAAAACUUACCCAGAGAAUACUAAAAUUCCAGUCUUUGGAAGCCCUCUAGCAUCCUGUGGGAAGUUGGCCUCAUGGGAGUUUUUAAUCUAAGUACCCACCAACAGAGGAGUUUCCCUGCUAUAUCUCUGCAUUGUCUGCUGCUCUGUCCUUUCUUUCCAAUCAGCUUUCACUAAGUGAUUCUGGUAAUUCUGGCACAUCUCUGCCUCAGUUGGGAAGGGAUUGAAUUGUUUGCUACCCUCCCUUUUGAGGAGGCUGCAAAGUGUGUCUCUGUGAGUUGCAGCUCUGCCUGUCUACUUCCAAUCAGGAACCGCACCCAAGGAGGAGAGAGGUUCCUUUUCAGAGGAAGGGGGAUUUUUAAAUUUUCUAGAUUCUAGAAAGUACAUAUUUUCAGGCGUAUGAAUAAAGUAUGCCUUUUUCCGGGGGUGGGGGUGGGUGGGGUGUCGGGGGUCUGGUCUCAUCAAUCUGAAAGACACUGGGAUGGAUUGUAAGGGCUUUGCUGAAUGUUUGUCUAAGGUACUUUAAAGCAUUUUAUAUUUCUCUAUUUCUCUCUCCCCCUGUUUCGUAGUUUGUUUCUAUCUCUAGAUGGAUUCUGGCCAUCGUGUUUUGGCACCCUUCUCUGUCUGUCCCUUGCUCAUUAUGUGCAAUUGUGCGGCUGUCUUCCCUCUGCCCCUUCCCUUUUGCUUUCCUGCCUCCCCCUCUUUGCUGCUCCUUGCCAGACAGCUCCCUAUUCUGCAAGAUGUUGUGCCAAAUGAGCUGCUUAGCACAGCUGUAGACUUACAAAAUGUGGUUUUUUUCCUUAUAAAAUUCUGGUGCGAUUUUUUUCUUGCAAGCAUGGGAUUUUUUUUAAGGUUCAGUUUCUUUAGAACAGGGGUGUCCAACGCCGGUGCCCCAGAUGUUCACAGACUACGAUUCCCAUCAGACUGAUGGGAAUCGUAGUCCUUGAACAUCUGGGGCACCAGAGCUGGACACCCCUGCUUUAGAAGAAUCCGGGGGUUACUAGAGUAUAAAUGGCCUCAGUGACACUCAGGGGCAAGAGAUCAGGGCGGGGUCAACUGCAUGUAUGUGAUAGCUCCUUGGAGCAGCAGGUUUUCCCAGAGAUUUCUUGAAUUGUCUCUCUCUGCAGCUAACUUGCAACUCAAGAUCUUGUGUCUUUGGACCUUAUCAAGAGUGCAACCCCAAAACGAGCAACCGUGGGAUCCAUUCCUUCACCCUGUCCCAUGAGGAGCUCACAUGCAUGUGUUUUAAAGACAUCCCAGACGCUUGCCCUUUGUGGAACUGACUGCCUUUGGUUCUUGCUCUCUGGCACACUGCCUUAACACUUUGGGCUUUCCCCCCGGUUUUCUGAUUCAUCUGGCCAGUUCCCCAUGCACUGUGCCUCACUGAGCCAGAAUCAGGGCUAUUUCAUUGGCCUUUGUGGGGAUUCUUGGUGGUCAGUAAGGGCCUUACAACAAGCCUGUACAUUGCUAGCAAAAAAAAGAAGUCAAAAUGUGAAAAUAAUUAUUGUUUUAAUAAAAAUUGUAAUAACCAACCA